AUGCUCCGUGUCCUGCCCAGCUUCCCCGCGGUGCAUUCAAAUACAGACCCAGCAAUUGAGGCUUUGGUUCUCAUCUGUCCCAAAAAACGUUGUUUUGACUUUGGCGGGGGAGCGAAAAAUGCAUUAGAAAAUAAUUCUGAGAGCUUACGUGUACUAAAUGUUGAAAGAAAUGGAAAUAUUAUUUAUACCUAUAAGCAUCUGUAUACCUUCGAGAAAGACUUGCAAGUUGUCAGUUGCUCUGUCAACAGUGAGAGAACUUUACUUGCUGCAAGUUUAGUUCAGUCUACUAAAGAAGGAAGAGGGAAUGAGCUUCAACCAGGAUCAAAGUGCUUAACUUUGUUAGUUGAAAUCCACCCUGUGAACAAUGUGAAGGUUCUAAAAGCAGUGGAUAGCUAUAUUUGGGUACAGUUCCUCUACCCUCAUGCUGAAAGUCAUCCUCUUCCAGAGAACCAUCUGUUACUGAUUUCAGAAGAGAAAUAUAUUGAACAAUUUCAUAUCCAAGUGGCCAAAGAAGAUGGAAAUAGAGUGGUGAUUAAAAAUUCUGACCAUCUCCCAAGAGACAGAAUAGCCGAGGAUUUUGUUUGGGCUCAGUGGGAUAUGUCAGAGCAGAGAUUAUAUUACAUUGACCUAAAGACAUCAGGGAGUAUCUUGAAAUGCGUCCAGUUUUAUGCUGAUGAGAGCUUUAACUUAAUGUUUGAAGCAUCCUUGGACAUAUCAUUAAAUGGCUCAGAAUUUAGACUUGUCAACUUUGGAUGUGAUUGCCUUCAGGACCAGGAGAAAGGAUCCAAACACCUGACUCUGUGUGUUUUUACCAACCAUACAGGAAGUUUGUGUGUAUGUUACAGUCCGAAGUGUGCCUCUUGGGAAAAAAUCACAUAUUCAGUAUUUUACGUUCAUAAAGGACACAGCAAGACCUUCACAGCUGCUCUUGGGAGUGGUGGCUCACACGUGACAAAGGACAUUACUUUUCUUAACCUUGACUAUUACGUGGCUGUUUACUUACCUGGCCAUUUCUUUCAUCUACUUAACAUUCAACAUCCAGACUUGAUCUGCCACAGUCUGUUUCUGACAGGAAAUAAUGAAAUGACUGAUAUGCUACCUCAUAGUCCUUUGCAGUCACUGUCAGGGUCCCUGGUACUGGACUGCAGUUCUGGAACGCUCUAUAGAGCACUCCUCAACCAGUCCUACUUAUUACAGUUCCUAUGGAACACCCACCUAGACAGUGAGAAGAUGGCUGCCUUGCACUGUCUGCUCUCAUGUGGCCGAGGCCUGCGGUUCCUGGAAGACCAG